UUUAAAUUUUAUUAUUAGUAUUGUGGAGGGGCUUGCUGACCAUGGUGAAGAAAUGGAUAUUAGAGAGGAAUUAGGGUUAGAACCUGUAAUAAAUCCACAGUUUGGUCAUAUGAUGCAAAACAGCGAAGAUGUUCCCUUCUCUUCAACGCCUUCGCCUCAAUCUCCACAGAAUUCACCUGAAAGUGUGGUUGAUUCAGUAUCUUCUUCAAGCAUUCCUCCAGAAAUAAACCGAGCAAGUGACCUUUUUAUGGCAGUCUCUCUUGGUUCUGAAGAAAACAAGACAAAAAUCAGUGAGCUUGCAAAUUCAGCCAUGGAAGAGCUAGUGAGAAAGGCCUUACUAGGAGAACCUCUAUGGCAACGGCAGGCGGUACUAGAUACCGAAAUUGAGAUUCUAAAUGAAGCUGAAUAUAUAAGGGAAUUUCGCGCUUUCGAUGCAAGUCUUCAAGAGAUCAUGAGAAUGAUUGAGGUUGGAGAUCCUCAACGUUUUUCUACCUUAGAUGGAAAUUGUGAUUUUCCUAGCGAAUGUCACCAAAAACCAAACUUAUUGCCGCGAGAAGCUGAACUAGAUGCCCUUCAAAUCGAAGCUUCAAAAGAAAUAGGGUUCGUGAAUAUGAAUGCUACCAGUAUUGUUGAAUGGCUAAUGGAUUUGAAGCAAUGGUCACUAGCAUUCUCUAAAAUUGUCACCAGAGCAACCAUCCUUGGAGUUCUAUCUAGUGGAGUGGCAGCUGGGACAUAUGAUGAAACCCUACAAGUGAUGAGGGCAGAAUUCCAUAUGCCUACACCACUGGUUCCUAUAAGAGAGUGUCAAUUUGCAAGGUAUUGCAAACAGGUAGGGUCUAACACAUGGGGAGUGGUUGAUGUAUCCUUGGAAAAUUUAUUCCCUUAUCCAGUAGUAAGAUUUCGAAGAAGGCCAUCAGGCUGUUUGAUCCAAGAAAUGCCAAAUGGACAUUCCAAGGUGACUUGGGUUGAGCAUGUGGAAGUGGAUAAUAAACAAGUCCAUAGGAUUUUUCACCCACAAGUUCGGUCUGGCUUCGCAUAUAGUGCAAGGCGAUGGGUUACCACCCUAAUCCAACAUUGUGACUGGGUUGCAACUUUAAUGUCCCAAACUGUUCCUGUUCUAGAUGGAGGAUUAGUAAGCCAAAAUGGGAAAGAAAACUUGUUAAGGCUAGCAGAGAGAAUGAUGAGAAGCUUCUGUACAGACCUUAGUGCUUGCAGUAAUAAUUUGUGGAUGCCAUUGCCUGUAAGUGGAGGAGAAGAUGUUAGGGUAAUGACGAAGAGCAUUACACCUGCAACUUCAGAAUGCCCUUCUACAACGAUAGCCUUCACAUCUUCCAUUUGGCUUCCAUUUCCGCCCAGAAGAGUAUAUGAUUUUCUGCGUCAUGAGGAUUCCAGAAACAAGUGGGAUUUGCUUUCCCGUGAGCUCGUAAUUCAAGAACUUACAUACAUCAACAAGGGAGAUAAUCCAGAUAACCGUAUCUCUAUCUUGCAAGCGAAUUCUGAUUCGAGCGAGAUAGAAAUUUUGUACCUGCAAGAGAGCUACAGCGACCCAACUGCAUUCUACAUUGUUUAUGCUCCGAUGGACAUCACCUCCGUGGCUACAAUAUUGAAGGGAGGAAAUACAGAUUACGUGAAUAUUUUGCCAUCAGGAUUUGUGAUACACCCUGAUAGACAAGUAAUGAAUAAUAAUGGAAAGGAAGUUGGAGGAAGUCUUCUUACCCUUGCAUUUCAUAUUCUUGAUGGCUCCUCGAUGGAAGAUAGCCAAUUCAUUCCUCGUGAGUCUGUUGAUACUGUUUACAGAAUUCUCACAGAAACUGCCAUCUUGAUCAAGGCUGCUCUUUUAUCUGAUGAUCCAUAGAAUUAUGUAUUUAUCCAGACAGUAAUAAAGUUUUUAAGCUGCUACAACUCCUGGUAGGGCUUAUUACCUGAUUGUUUUGAUAAUUACCCAAAUGUUAAUGAUGUGAAGGACCUUUGGUUGUACACCUAUUUAUAGGGUUGUUGUGAUGUACACAAUGGGCUACCUCUGUUGAACAUGAGACCUUAUAAAUUUGCAAGUUUUUAC